CCAGGUUGGUCAGUCAGCUUCGGGCGCUGGAAGAGAGCAGGUACCACUACACAUUCUCUGCGUCCCUGUCAUGAGGGGUCAAGCGACUGUCAUGUCUUCGUGAGAAAACCGCCGGGUUGGAUACAAGUUCCGCUGGCUUCGAGAAGGAACUUGGGUUGUUAUAUAUGUUUCUUGGCGAGAGAACUGGAUUGUUAAAGCGAAAUCUAAUAAUAAAAGAAUGACAGAAAAAGAGAAAAGAAAACAGAAAAUAAAGUGAUAAAGGCCAACGGUAUCCAUAUGAACAUAAACCACAAUUACAAAACGAGAAAAGAAAGAAAGAAGAAAAAGACAAAGUGUAGAAAGACACGAACCAAGAAAAGAAAAAGAAAAAGAAAAUAAAGAAGAAAAAGAAGAAAGAAAUAAAAAAAAAUAAAAAUAAAAAAAUAAAUAAGAUACAUAGAUAAAUUGAUUAAAAACGAGAAACAACAACAAAAAAAAAAAUGCAAAUAAACACGGUAAGAAUCCGAUUGCUAAUUUUCUCGUGUGUGGCGCUUGGCUCUUGGUUCGUCGACGCUCAAGAUGCCAGAGUGUCUUCGAGGCGGACCAAGGAGGGGGACGUGGCGGCGAAGUACGGGGUUCAAGGAAGACAUCUCGGCCGGAAUUCCUUCAGGAGGCUCUACAACACCUCGAUCUCCACAUCUCAUCCAACCUAUAUCGUCGUGGCUCCUCGCCUCGCACGCCCAUCGACGGUGUACAGAAUAGUCGUGGGCGUUUACACAGGAGACGAACCCGUCGACGUUUCCGCCCAUAUGUACUCUCAGUCUGACCAGCUCCUGCCCGCCCACGCCCGAGUCACGCCCGGCGACACACAGGAGCUGCUUAUCAAGUACGAGUAA